CAUGGUCAGUGAGGAUCAGAAGGGGCUUUAAAGCUCAGUUUGAUGUCAGAUAGCAGAAGAUCAUGGCUGAUAAAGAGGAGUUGGGGAUCAGGCUGAAGAAGCUGCUGGUGAGGAUGAAUCUUCAAGAGGGGAAACAGCUGGGCACUAUGGUCCAGAUCAUACAGGACCUGCUGUUCCUGUCCCACACAGAUCACUGUGUUGAGCUGUUUGCGGAUCAAAACGUCCAUGUGCCUCUGAUGCUGGUGCUGUCAGAGCAUCUCAACAGCAAAGUUCAGCAGGUUGGCUGGUCUCUGCUGUGUCGUCUGAUGGAGAUCUGUCCAACCACUCUGGAAAGUCUGACCAACCCAGUGGACUAUGAGUUUAUAGAGGUGCACAAGCAGAUUCUUAAGGUGCUUUCAGUGUAUCAUAAUGAAGCCAAGAUGAUGAUGGUGGGCCUGAGAGCUCUGGCUCUGCUACUUAAGUCAGGUGAGAUUGUGAUGCAGGUUCUGGAUGAGGAGGAAGUGGAUGUGUUUUUCCUGGUCCUGGAGGCCAUGAGGUCUUUCGGUGACAGAGAAGAGGUUCAGCUACAGGGAUGUGCUGCUUUACAACUACUGCUGCAGACAGUGUCUGAGGAUCAUCUGGUGGAGUUCGUUGAGAAGAAGGACCAUGCGGUGGUUUUGAAUGCGCUGAGCCGGUUCAUGGACAGUGAGAAUGUGGUUCUGCGAGUGCUGAGGGUCCUCGUACCACUGGCUGCUCCGGCCAGCAAUGUUGAGAUUCUGAUGUCCAAAAGCGUUAAAUGCUACAGCCUAGCGUGUCAGGCUAUGGAGACGUGGCUCGACUCUGAGUCGAUACAGGAGGCCGGUUGCUGUUUGUUACGGAAAUUGACAUCAGAGAGUUACUACAAUAUAUUGGUGCUGAAUGGUGUCCAUAAAGUAGCAGUGAAAGCAUGUGUCUCGUAUCCUGAGAACGCCACAGUGCAGAUCCAAGCCCUUUCCUGUCUGAGCGCGCUCGUGGAGUGUGUUGUGCAGAAUGAAGGGUUGGAGAAAGGGAGUGAGGAGGACGAGGUGGGACAGGAAGUUGUGUCCACUGAAGCGGAGGAGAUGCUCGUGUGGAGAGAGGCCUGUUAUACGGCUUUACAGAGACAUGCUGAAGACGCCACAGUACAGGAAGUGGCAUGUUGGGCCUUGAACAGCUUGCUGCUCCACUGCAACACGUCCAGCCACGUGGAACUGGAAGGAAGGCCUCCUCUUCACACACUCAUCAUGGCUGCGAUGCUGCUGCACUCCUCCAGUGUGGGGGUGUUUAAGGCUGCUACCUGUACAUUACACACACUAAUACAGCACCACAGAAGGAUGAGAGAUCUGCUGCUAUCACUUGGCAUCCAUUUCAACGUUGUGGAUCUGAUGCGGAAACACGCAAGCUCCAGUGACGUGUGUGAAAGUGCCUGCAAACUGCUUCACACACUCUUUCAGGGAGCGAGGGCCAGUCUUGAUGAAGGGGCCCUGGUUCUCGGACAGAUCCUGAGUGCUCUGAAGACACACAACUUCGUUCCUGAAGUUCAGCUGGAGGGACUCAGAGCCAGUUUAGUUCUUCUCAACCCAGACAGGAGUUUAAGAGAACAUGGCCACUCUGUAGCGGAUCCUGACACGGUGGGUGUGUCUCUGCGGGUCCUGAAGAACCAGUGUGUACUGGAGGGAGCUCACACUGUCUAUCUAGAGGCACUUAAUAGGUUUAUCAGAAGUAAGGAGAUUCAAGAGUGUGGUCUUGGCGUACUCUCGGCGCUAGCCGACUGUUCCGGAGCUGUGGACCUCAUGUGCCAGCAGGGGGCGAUCGACACGGUUCUUCAUACGCUGCAGAUGUUUCCACAGGAGCGCGACAUUCACUACUGGGCCCUUAGUCUCCUGUUUCACCUCAUCUCUAAGAAGAAGCUGUCCCGUACGAUGGUGCCUGUCCUGGCCUUUGUUUUGGUCAGCUCUGUACGGCAACACAAAGAGGACACAGUCAUGCUUCUAAAGGGAUUUCAGGCGGUGUGGAAGUUGUUGGACACCUGCUCUAGUGCCGCAGCAUGGCUGCAGAAAGAGGCUUUUGAGAAAGAGAUCUUUCAGGUCCUGCGGGAGAAGACGGCAGACGAGCGUCGAGAUCCAUUGCAGGGAAUGAGUUGCCUGUGCCUGUGUAAGAUGGUGGCGGACUCUGAGAUCAUGUACAUGCUGCUGGAGCGAGCGUGCGAGGACGGAGAUGUGGACAUGGCAGAAUGUCUCAUUAAGCUGGGCGCUGACAUCAACAAGAAAACAAAGAGCGAUUCGCUCAUAUAUCAGGUGUGUGAUCGGGGGGCUCCUCUGGCCUUGCUGGAGCUGCUGGUUUCUGCAGGUGUUCAUGAGCAGCAGUUGCGUGGAGCUCUGAGCGUGUGUGUCAGGAGGGGUGAGGACCCUGAGGUCACGCUCCUGCUCAGGCGUUUGGGCCUGGACCGCACCAACAGCGCCCUGUGCCUCGGGAGCUUCCGCCUCGGACAGAUGAAGGCGACGUGGCUCAGUGCUCUGCUCUCUGAGUGCAGGACUCAAUCUCCAACAAGCAACAAGAACAGUAAAGGUCAGCGUUUGGCCAGACAGAUCUUGUCACUCCAGAGGAGGAAAGAGUUUUCGGGAGUCAGUAGAUUACAGAGUGAUGUCAGCACAUUCGGAUACUUUACGGACGAGGAAAGUGACGACUCGCACAUUUCCUUAGAUGAAAGCUUAGUCUUCAUGUUUGAUGACUUGGAGAGUGACGGGAGUGACGGACCUCCACAUGGAUUAUUGCCUUUCAACGAUUCGCCAGAAGAGGGCAGAAAACCUGCUUGGAGAAAUCACAGUCGGCGUAGACGUGCCAAUUCAGAGGGAUGUCAUCGUGAGACAGAUCCAAGCAUCCCUCUGUAUAAGCGCUUUAACUCUCACAACACCAGAGGGCAGGGUUUCAUGGAGAGCUCGACUCCUGGUGCAGUUCCUCCGGCCAUAGACAAAGACCCCAUCCGUCUGCUCGACCUAUCAGGGAACGAGCUGAGCAAUCUGUCCUGUUUGAUGGAUGUGAGCUCUCUUAAGCGACAGAUCGAAAACCUUCUUCGGCUUGAUCUGAGCAAAAACAGUCUAUCAGAGUUUCCCAGUGUUCUCUGUCAGAGUUUAAGAAGUCUAACCCGUCUAGAUCUCCAAGGGAACCAGUUGCAGUCUCUUCCCGGAGAACUCCUGCGUUUGCCGGCUCUGAGCGUGCUCAAUGUGUCACACAACUGCAUCGGUCCACAUCUGCUGCUGGACCCAGCUGUGUGCAGUCCAUCCUUACGCCAGCUCAACCUGUCCUUCAACCAGAUCACCGUCUUCCCCUUCCAGCUGGGCCAGGCCACGGGCAGACUGGAGGAGCUCUCGCUGGAGGGCAAUCAGAUAUCAGAGCUGUCUCUCCCUCUCUGUCUGGCUGAAUUGAAAGUUUUAGAUGUCAGUAAGAAUCAGGUUAAAAUGGUUUCAGACAACUUCCUCACUGAAUGUCUCAAGAUGGAAACUUUCACCGCUUCUGUUAACCAAAUCAGUUCGUUGUCACACCUUCCCUCAAAGAUAACCACAAUUAAAUUAUCAAUGAACAAUUUUACAAGUGUUCCUGAAAUAAUCAUGAACUUGCCAUAUUUGCGUUCGGUGGACAUGAGAAAGAACAGCAUUAGUGUUCUUCUGGGUCCAGCUUUGUGGGUCAGUGUAAACCUGAGAGAGCUGAUGUUCAGUCAUAAUCACAUCUCCACACUCGACCUGAGCGGCCCGGUGUACAAGUGGGCCCGACUUGAGAAACUCCAUUUGAGCUCCAACAAACUCACUGAGAUCCCUCCUCAGAUUGGUAUGUUGGAGGACCUGACGUCUCUAGAUGUCAGUCAGAAUGAAGGUUUGCGCUCUUUCCCUGAUGAGAUGGGAAAGCUGGUUCAUUUAUGGGAUCUCCCUCUUGACGGACUGCAGCUCCAGCUGGACCUCAAACACAUCGGAAGCAAAACCAAAGACAUCAUCAGGUUCUUGCAGCAGCGUCUGAAGAAAGCUGUCCCAUAUUACCGCAUGAAGCUCAUUGUGGUGGGCAGCCCGUGUAGCGGGAAGAGCUCUUUGAUUCAGCAGCUGAUGAGACUCAAGCGCUCUCAGUGGCGAUCUGAUCAGCACACCAUCGGCGUCAGCGUCCGAAACUGGGCCGUCAGGAACAAAGAAAAGAGGAACAUGCAGCUGAAUGUUUGGGAGUUAUCUGGUGCUGAAGAAUGCAGUGGCUUUCACCCUCACUUUAUGAGCUCCAGGGCUCUCUAUCUAGUGCUGUAUGACCUGAAGAAAGGACCCAGUGAGAUAGACACCAUAAAACCCUGGCUCUUUAACAUUAGAGCUGUAGCUGGACAGUCUCCUGUGAUUGUGGUUGGAACUCAUGCAGAUGUGUGUGAAGAGCGCCACCUACAGGAGUGUGUUCUGAAGCUGCGAGAGGAGCUGCUGUCUCAGACCGGGUUUCCAGUGAUCAAAGAGAACCACAUGAUAUGUGCCUGUGAGGAGUCCGAGUCCAUCAACAAGUUACGCAAAGCCAUCUACAGAGAGCUCAUUGAGUUUAAGAUCCAGGGUCAGCCAGUAAUGGGGCAGCUGAUUCCAGACUGUUAUGUGGAGCUGGAGAGGAGAGUUCUGCAGGAGAGGUCACAUGUGCCCGCUGAUUUCCCAGUGCUCAGGCACAGCAGAUUACUGGAGAUCAUACAGGAAACACAGCUGCAGCUAGAGGAGGGAGAGUUACCCCACGCUAUCCACUUCCUCAGCGAGGCCGGUGUCCUGCUGCACUUUGAUGAUCCAGUGCUUCAGCUAAAAGAUUUAUACUUCAUUGACCCACAAUGGCUUUGUGACGUCAUCUCACAGACGCUGACACUGAAGAGCACUGAUCAGUGGGACAGCACUAGAGGAGUGGUGCAGCGCUCCACUGUAGAGAAGUUUCUGGACAAAAGUCGCUGUUUCCCCAAGAAUCAUCUGACUCAGUACUUCAAACUUUUGGAGAAGUUUCUAAUAGCCUUGCCCUUUGGAGAUGACCAGUUACUUAUACCUAGCAGACUGUCAGAUCACAGGCCGGUGAUUGAGCUCCCUCACUGUGAGAAUUCAGAGCUGAUUAUUCGGCUCUAUGAGAUGCCAUACUUCCCCAUGGGAUACUGGUCCAGACAGAUCAGCCGUCUUUUGGAAGUGUCUGCUUUCCUGCUCUACGGCAGAGAGAAAGCAUUAAGACCAAACCGGAUCUACUGGAGAAAGGGCAUCUAUCUGAGCUGGUCUACUGAAGCUUACUGUCUAGUGGAGGCCUUGUCUCUAGAAGAGAACUCUGCUAGCUUCAUCAAGAUCACUGUGCCCUGCUCUCGCAAAGGUCGUGUGUUGUUUGGGCAGGUGGUGGAUCACAUUGACUCUCUGCUGGAGGAAUGGUUUCCAGGCCUUCUCGCCACUGACGUCCAUGGCACUGGGGAGACACUGCUUAAGAAAUGGGCUCUGUACAGCUUCAGCGAUGGACAAAACUGCCAGAAGAUGCUGCUGGAAGAUCUACUCUCUAAGAUCAGCGCAGAUGGUUUGCUGGUGAACCCAGAAGACCCCAGCUGUACUCUGCCCAUCUCUCAGAUCUCACCGGACCUGGUACUGAGCGACCAGCUUCCCAGCACCAUACUGGAUCCAGAGCAGCUGGAGAUGGAGCUCUCUAAAGAGUAUCUGUUGGGGGAUGGCGGUUUCGGGUCUGUAUAUAAAGCGGUGUACAAGAACGAAGAAGUUGCUGUGAAGAUUUUUAAUAAACAUGCAUCUGCGCUUUAUGUUCAUCGGCUGGUACGACAGGAACUGGCAGUACUUGGCCGGCUGUGUCACCCCAGUCUGGUGGGGCUUUUGGCCGCCGGUUGUAACCCGCACAUUCUCGUGAUGGAACUCGCCCCAUGUGGCUCUCUGGACUCGCUGUUUGAGCGUGAAAAUGGCAGUCUCAGCCGCAAACUACAGCACAGGAUAGCACUGCAUGUGGCAGAUGGUCUCAGAUAUUUGCACUCUUCAAUGAUUAUCUACCGAGAUCUGAAGCCACACAACGUUCUGUUGUUUAACCUGAAGACGGAUGCCGAGUUCAUCGCUAAAAUCACAGACUACGGGAUAGCACAGUACUGCUGCAGUAUGGGCGUCCGCAGCUCAGAAGGCACACCAGGUUUUCGAGCUCCCGAGGUCGCCCGAGGUAAUGUCAUCUAUAAUGUCCAGGCGGAUGUAUUUUCGUUCGGUCUGCUCCUGUAUGACCUUUUGACCUAUGGCGAGCGGAUAUCUGAUGGGAUGAAGUUUCCCAGUGAGUUUGAUGAGGUUGCUGUGCAAGGAAAACUACCAGAUCCAGUUAAAGAUUACGGCUGUUCUCCGUGGCCAGGGUUUGAGUCUUUGAUGAGGGAAUGUUUGAGAGAAAACCCUCAGGACAGACCUACAUCUACUCAGGUGUUAGAUCGUCUGAAUUCUGCAGAGAUGCUUUGUCUGAUGCGAGAGCUGACUCUGAUGAGUUUGCCAGGCGAGUGUUUCACUGUCUCCAGUGCAGGUGGAGGGGCAAAUGCACGUGUGUGGAUCGGGGGCGGCAGUAGUAGCCAGAACAUGGGCUGUGUGACAUCACUGGAUCUGGAGACAGGGGGGAGCUUAAACCAGGAGAUUGACAGCAGUCCUGUCCUCUGCAUGGUGAUCAUCAGAGCUCCAGGGUCAUGCGAUGACUGGUUAGUCGCUGGUACACAGUCGGGUUCACUCUUCAUUAUGGACACUAUAAACGCAGAGGUUCUGCACUGUCUGAAGAGUGUGAAUGACUCUGUGACGUCACUGUACUUUCACACUGACCAGCACAGAUGCUUAAAGAAUUACCUUUUGGUCGGGACAGCAAAUGGGACUCUAGUCAUUUAUGAAGAUUCAGUCUUGAAGGUAAAGAAUGCAGGUCCAGUGAAGACCCUCCAGGUUGGUGAUGUAAACACUCCUCUGAUGUGUAUCGGCCCCUCCAAUCACCCUCAGGAGCGCAAAACGCUGUGGGCAGCCUGUGGCACCCAGGUGAUCUGUCUCACAGUGGAUUACAACAUCUAUAGCAGCAUAGACACCAAACAGCUCCUCCCGCAGCUGGGUCGAGUCAGCAGUGAUGCGUGUAUAUCACGGUUAGCGGUGGACAAACAUGUGUACGUGAGUAAAACAGGAAGCCACACUGUGGAGGUCUGGGAUAAGAAGACUGGGAGGAUGGUGAACCUCAUCGACUGUAUGCAACUACUUGGAUUAAGUUCCACCAAAAAGCCCAAAGCCCGGGAUGAGGACCAGUCUAGACAAAAGGCGCCAUCUUUGGCGAUUGUUAAAGCUCUGUUGGUCCAGCACAGUGGUACCCUGUGGAUUGGGACUAAAAGCGGACACAUGCUGUUGGUGGAAGUCUCCAGCUGUCAGCUCCUGCAGACCUUCAGCCCUCACUGCGACUCGAUACGCUGCAUGGGCUCCGUGAUGCUCGACAUCCUAAACCGAAAGAGUGUUGUUCUAGUAUUGGGUAGACGGCAACGCAUGCCACAAGACCAAAUCAAAAUGCAAUUAGCUGAGGAUUCAGUGCUGACGCUGUGGAGUAGUUCUCUUCCUCUUGAGGUCAGAGAUCUGAUCAGACACUGUGAGCUGCGGGACAAAAUCACCAGCAACAUGAGAGAAACACUCCACAACUGAACACACUCUCUGUCUGCGCAUCAUCUCCUCUCAUGCGUCAGCUG